AAUACUAUCCAACUUUUUAAAAAAAUUUUCAGUAAUUUCUUUUCCACUAGAUUCAUUAUAAUAAUAAUAAUAAUUAUUAUUAUUAUCUACAUUUUUAAUAGGAGAACUAGAGAAUCCGAAAUAAGUGGAAUGAGUAUUAGUAUCUUUAGUAUCCUUUGUAAUAGUUGUACUAUUAUCAACUGUAGUGGCUGUAGUGAUAAAUGUAUUUGAAUUAUUAUACAAUGUUCUCUUGUGUUCAUUCCUAUCAUACGAUGAAAGUCUUCUCUGCAUCUUUGGUCGUUCCGUCGUUUUAGUUUCUCCGUUUGAACGUGUUUUGUAAUGAUGUGAUGUUGUUUCAUUUAACGGAGAUUCCAUCUCUUAUUUUUUUUUUAUUUAGAAAUUCGAAUGGGAAAAAAAUGGAGCGGAAAACAGGCUUAUUUAUAAAAGAAUUUUUAAUUAAAAAAAAAAAGCCUAUAUUG